GGCAAGUACUGAACUUCGCCGCUCAAGCCCCGUGCAGGUGGACGACUCCUCGUGUUUUCAACAUUUUUUAAUUCCCUGACCAUUAGUGACCAUUAUCAUUUUGGUUUGACUUAUCAAAAAAAAAGUUUGUGUUAGCUACACAGGUUUCAUCAUCACUUUUAGAAACACCAUCGACAUGGCUCAAUUUUGGGGGCUCGUGUUGGGAAGUGGGAAGCGGUAUGCCCAGAAAGUUGAAAAUGGGUUCUGCAUAUCGAUGGCAGUUCUUGAAUCGGGUCCAAAUGAAUCUCAAGGUGGUUCAUCGGUGAAACUUGUCUUGGAUCAUGACAAUAAACAGUUUAUUCUUGCUAUGUUGAGUCCCAAAACUCCACAAUUGCCUUUGAAUGUCAAAUUCGCCAAGGGGGAAACAGUAGUCCUUUACUUUCAAGGAGGGACAUCCUCUCAAAAGCUACAUCUUACAGGAUACAUGCAAAGUUCCGGCGCUGCUGCAGUUCCAUUCAAGGGUCAGAAUCAGUCUAUUCUCAUAACAGAACAGAAAUCUGCAGAUAAAACUAAUGGAAAGGAAAAAAAACGAGUUUCUAUUAAGGAAAAUGUUAAAGAAGCUUCAUCCAGCGACGAAGAUAGCGAUAUGGACUUGAACGAUGAUGAUGUAGCCUUGAUUAAUAAAUCCUCGAAACUCGAUAGCAGCGACGAUGAUGAUGAUGAUGACGACGACGACGACGACGAAAAUGAUAGUGAUGAGAAUGAUGAAAUCCAGCUUAUUAGCAACUCGCGUGCUGCGGAAGUCAAGAAUAGUUUAAAACAAUUGGCUGCCCAGGAUGACUCCGAUUCUGAGGAAGAUGAUGACGACGACGACGAUGAUGAUGAUGAUGACGAUGAAGAACUUGAAGAUGGCGACGACCCAAAUCUAUCAAAGUUGUCGGGUAAAGGCAAUAAUGGUUUAAAGGCUGGAACGCAACUAAAUGAGAAACAAAGGAAGAGUGAACCUGUUAACGUGAUGAAAACACCAGAGAACCAGAACUUGAAAUUAAAACAGCCCUCCAGUGCUGGACAUACACCAAUGAAAAUGUUCACAAAGGGAGGAGUAAUGUGCCAAGAAUUGCGUAUUGGAAGUGGACAACCUGCUAAACAUGGACGAAUGGUGCACGUAUAUUAUGUGGGAAGACUCAAAUCUAAUAACAAGAAGUUUGAUUCGAACGAGAGUGGACAAGGGUUUAAAUUUAAACUAGGCAAAGGUGAAGUCAUUAAGGGGUGGGACUUGGGAGUUGAAGGCAUGAAAGUUGGAGGUAAACGACGACUUAUUAUUCCAGCCAAUUUAGCAUACGGUAAACGAGGUGCACCGCCAGAUAUUCCCCCUCACUCUGUGUUAACGUUCGACGUUGAAUUAAAAAAUGUUAACUAAUAAGUUUAGUUUAAAUUUAUCAACAAUCUACUGACUGAGAUUCAUGUAUAUCAAACGUAUUGUUUUUAUAAAUGUUUGAUACUUAUCUAAAUUCUUUACAAGAGAUUUUUUUGUACUUCUCACACUUUAUUCUACGAAAGUCCGUUAAGGCUGUUAAAUACCAACUAGUUUGAAAACAACUUGAAAGAGUAAUAGCUCCGUGCUAAAAAAACAAUACUAUUUAAAAUAUUGCUAGUUUUGCAAUUUUUUCAUGUUAUCGAU